UUAUAAUAACAAAACGUCUGAGUAAGACUUGCAAAAAUACCGUUCUUCCGAACAUUACCUUCAAAGUCUUCUCUUGAACCAAUGGACGAUGAUUUGGGAAAUCUCGACGAUUUGCAUUACGAUGGCAGCCGGAUCUUUUCAUGGGUGGCAGAGAUUUUUGGAAUAAGUGUUGAUUUGGUAAACUUCCUUAUUGUGCAGAUACUCUCAUUAAUUUUGGCCUCAAUUUUCCGUACCUACUUUCAUCCCAAUAAAACAUCCACUACCGUGCGUCACGUAUUUUGUAUAACAUUUGGCUUGCUGUUUGGAUAUUUUUGCUUUGGUCAGCAAGUCAUCCACAUAGCUCUAUUGCCAGCAAUAUGCUAUAUAGUCAUUCAUAUUGUAGAACCAAAAAUUGUACAGAGGACUGUAGCAGUCGUUGCUCUACUAUACCUAUCUUGCAUACACUUUCAUCGGCAAUAUUAUGAUUAUGGUUCAUAUUCUUUAGAUAUUACUGGACCGUUAAUGAUAAUAACUCAAAAGGUGACGAGCAUUGCGUUUAGUAUUCACGACGGCCUAGCAUGCGAAUUUGAGGAGCUCUCCAAAGAUCGUCAAUACCAUUCGCAGAAGCUCCGAAAGCUACCUUCAGCUCUAGAAUUUUUCUCCUAUGUUCUACACUUCCAAGGAAUAAUGACUGGUCCUUUGGUUUUCUAUCAGGACUACAUUGAAUUUAUUGAAGGCACACAUAUUCUGAAGUAUUCGACAAUGCAGAAACAGAACAAAAAAAUAGAUUUAGUGGUGGAGCCAUCUCCAUUCAAAGCAAUUACGAACAAAAUUGUUGCUAGCAUCAUAUGUGCUUAUAUUUUUAUGACAUUUCGAAAAGUUUUCCCAAUAAAAACACUUAAAGACGAGGAUUUUAUUUACAACACAAAUUUCGCCUUUAAAUUCUGGUAUAUAAUGAUGGCAACUACUGUUGUCCGAUUCAAAUACUACUUUGCAUGGUUAACAGCUGAUGCAAUUUGCAAUUGUUCAGGCUUAGGAUUCAAUGGAUUCGAUGAGUCAGGCACUCCUAAAUGGAAUUUAAUAUCAAACAUCAAUGUGAUACAAUUUGAGUUUGCUUUAAGUUUCCGUGAUUCAAUAAAUAAUUGGAAUAUGGGAACAAAUAAAUGGCUUCGAAUGGUUGUUUAUGACCGUGUUCCUAACAUGCGAUCAAAAGAUACCGUUCGGACAAUCCUAACAUUUGCACUUAGUGCACUGUGGCAUGGAUUCUAUCCUGGAUACUAUGUAACAUUUGCGACUGGUGCUCUUGUGGUGAUGUCUGCUCGUAUGGCAAGGAAAAUCCUGCGUCAUCAUUUCCAAAUGAGUCCAGUUUCAAGGACAAUUUAUGACAUCUUGACUUUUGUCACCACCAGAAUUUUUAUGGCUUACACAACAUUUCCAUUUGUAUUACUUGAAUUUCAAGCUAGUCUAAAAGUGUACCUGAAACUGUACAUGUGCCUUCACAUACUUGCAGCAGUAAUAGUAUUUUUAUUACCAUCAAUCAACACACGACUAAAAUCAGGAAAAAAAGGCGAAAAGUCCAAGAACGGAAGUUUAUCAACAAAUGGCGACAAGUACGAGUCCGUUUGUUUUACUAACGGCAAAGACAUAUCAAAAAAAUUGACAAAUCGCAUCAAAGAUAAAAUUGGAAAGGAAGCUCAUAACAUAGAGGAAUUUUUUGAUAAAACCGUUACCGGCAUUACUGAGUUAACCGAUGAUUUUAAGAAAAUUAACGAUCGGCUUAUUCCAAACGAAAACUUAAUGAGAAAACGCAACACAUCAAAUGAACCCAACGAUUGUGAUCUCUUCAUAAAAAAAGAAGCGAAUGCAUUCAACUGCUUAGCACAAAACACAAAUGUUUUACCAUCAAAAUGGUAAUUAAAAUAAAAUAAAUGUUUCAAAAAAAAAAGAAAGAAACAGAAGACACAAAAAUAAUUUAUCCCGAUGAAAACGCAUCAAUAUAAUUCUUUAUAAUUAGUAAGUUAACACGAGCAACACAUACCUAAUCGGUUAAACACACACUCACAUAUAGAAAGAAAAAAAUGUUUAAAAAAUCACGAGCAUUAGUAAAAGUAAUAAACAAUUAUUAUGCAUAUGCUACACAUGUCUUCAUUUCAAAAACGUAUGUACAUUUUUAUGUUAUUUUUUAUAUAUAUAUUUAGUAAAGAUAUUUUAUUUUGUUUUAAUA